CCCCGUCAGACCACUUCCGGAUCCAGCUUCCCAAUCGGCCUCCGUCGCUCUCCAUCUUCCUCUUCUCAGUUCUUUCUCCCCCGCCUCGCCUGCAGCCUCCUUUAACACUGUCACGUGAGGGGCGAGCGCGGGGGUUGCCGGGAGUAAUACUGCCGGUCGGUCAGGGUUCGGCCUCAAUAUGGCUGUUCGGGUCAGGCAAAGACGAAGGUUCUGCCAUCUGGAGGAUUAAGUGGCGAUUGUCGGCGUCUCCACCUAUUGAGGUGGAAUGCGAGGGCGCCGGGGCGAGCGCUGAGGAGCGACGGUGACAGGGCGGUUGGUGGUGUGUACUCCCGGAGCUGAGGCAGCGGCGUCUAUUCCUUCUACUCGUCUCGGGGCUACAGUGCGGAGCCCCGCCCGGCCGGGCCAGGCCGGCGGGCGGCGGCGGUACUGCUGCAGCCGCAGGAUCAGCCUCUGAGGGUGGGCCGGAGGGCGGCCGCCGCCACUGCUACUGCCGCGGCGAUGGCCCAGUGUGUACAGUCAGUGCAGGAGCUAAUCCCGGACUCAUUCGUUCCCUGUGUCGCCGCGUUAUGCAGCGACGAAGCUGAGCGUCUCACUCGUCGCAAUCACCUCACCUUCGCAGAGCUGCUUAAGCCCUUCUCUCGCCUCACUUCCGAGGUUCACAUGAGAGAUCCUAAUAAUCAGCUUCACAUAAUUAAAAAUUUGAAGAUAGCAGUAAGCAACAUUGUCACCCAACCACCUCAGCCUGGAGCCAUUCGUAAACUUUUGAAUGAUGUUGUUUCUGGCAGUCAACCUGCAGAAGGAUUAGUAGCUAAUGUGAUUACGGCGGGAGAUUAUGACCUCAACAUCAGUGCUACUACUCCAUGGUUUGAAUCUUAUAGAGAUACCUUUCUUCAGUCGAUGCCAGCAUCAGAUCAUGAAUUUCUGAACCACUAUUUAGCAUGUAUGUUGGUAACAUCUUCUAGUGAAGCUGAACCUGUGGAACAGUUUUCAAAGCUGUCACAAGAACAGCAUCGAAUUCAACACAACAGUGAAUAUUCCUACCCUAAGUGGUUUAUACCAAAUACACUUAAAUAUUAUGUACUUUUACAUGAUGUAAGUGCAGGCGAUGAACAGAGAGCUGAUUCAAUUUAUGAAGAAAUGAAACAGAAAUACGGAACUCAGGGUUGCUAUUUACUUAAAAUUAAUUCUCGAACAUCUAAUCGAUCAUCAGAUGAACAGAUACCAGAUCCUUGGAGUCAGUAUCUCCAGAAAAAUAGUAUUCAAAACCAGGAAUCAUAUGAAGAUGUUUCUUGUACUAUAACUUCAAAUAAGAAUUCUGAUAGUAACUUGCUUUCAUUGGAUGGAUUAGAUAACGAAGUCAAAGAUGGCUUACCAAAUAACUUUAGAGCUCACCCACUUCAAUUGGACCAAUCCAGUGACCGUUCUAACAGCAUUGAUGGCCCAGAUCAUGUAAAAUCUGCAUCAUCAUCACAUGAAACAAAGAAAGCAAGUACUGGAAUAACUCAUGGUGCGUGUUUAACCCUUACCGAUCAUGAUAGAAUUCGACAAUUUAUACAAGAAUUCACAUUCCGGGGCCUUUUGCCACAUAUAGAGAAAACAAUUCGGCAAUUAAAUGAUCAGCUAAUCUCGAGAAAAGGUUUGAGUCGUUCUCUAUUUUCUGCAACUAAAAAAUGGUUUAGUGGCAGUAAAGUUCCAGAAAAGAGCAUUAAUGAGCUGAAAAAUACAUCUGGUUUACUGUAUCCACCGGAAGCACCAGAGCUACAAAUCAGGAAAAUGGCUGACUUAUGUUUUUUGGUGCAGCAUUAUGAUUUGGCUUAUAGUUGCUAUCAUACUGCCAAAAAGGAUUUUCUUAAUGAACAAGCAAUGCUUUAUGCAGCUGGUGCCUUGGAAAUGGCUGCAGUGUCAGCUUUUCUUCAGCCAGGAGCACCUAGGCCAUACCCUGCUCAUUACAUGGAUACAGCAAUCCAGACAUACAGGGAUAUUUGCAAGAAUAUGGCGUUGGCUGAAAGAUGUGUAUUGCUUAGUGCUGAAAUUUUGAAAAGCCAAAGCAAAUAUUCAGAGGCUGCAGCUCUCCUAAUACGGUUGACCAGUGAGGAUUCUGAUCUUCGAAGUGCACUUCUUUUGGAACAGGCGGCACAUUGCUUUAUAAACAUGAAGAGUCCCAUGGUUAGAAAAUAUGCAUUUCAUAUGAUACUGGCAGGCCAUCGGUUUAGUAAAGCAGGACAGAAAAAGCAUGCUUUGCGCUGCUAUUGUCAAGCCAUGCAAGUUUACAAAGGAAAAGGCUGGUCUCUUGCAGAGGAUCACAUAAACUUCACUAUUGGGCGCCAGUCCUAUACUCUUAGGCAGCUGGAUAAUGCUGUGUCUGCUUUUAGGCAUAUUUUAAUCAAUGAAAGUAAACAAUCUGCUGCUCAACAAGGGGCCUUCCUCAGAGAAUAUCUUUAUGUUUACAAGAAUGUAAGUCAGCUAUCACCAGAUGGUCCUUUACCACAGCUUCCUUUACCAUAUAUUAACAGUUCAGCAACACGGGUUUUCUUUGGUCAUGACAGACGACCAGCCGAUGGUGAAAAGCAAGCAGCUACUCAUGUAAGUCUUGAUCAAGAAUAUGACUCUGAAUCUUCUCAGCAGUGGCGAGAACUUGAGGAACAAGUUGUGGCUGUGGUUAACAAAGGAACAAUUCCAUCCGGUUUCCAUCCCACACAAUAUUGUUUGAAUAGUUAUUCAGAUAACUCAAGAUUUCCUCUUGCAGUUGUAGAAGAACCAGUAACAGUGGAAGUGGCUUUUAGAAAUCCUUUGAAGGUUCCACUUUUGUUGACUGAUUUGUCAUUGCUCUGGAAAUUUCAACCUAAAGAUUUCAGUGCAAAGGAUAAUGAAGAAGUUAAAGAACUAGUCACAGGUGAACCUGAAAUGAUUGGAACUGAAGUUAUUUCAGAAUUCCUUGUUAAUAGUGAAGAAUCUAAAGUGGCAAGAUUAAAGCUCUUUCCCCAUCACAUAGGAGAGCUGCAUAUUCUUGGAAUUGUUUAUAAUCUUGGCACAGUUCAGGGCUCCAUGACAGUGGAUGGCAUUGGUGCUCUUCCUGGAUGUCACACAGGAAAACAUUCCUUGAGUAGUAUGUCAGUACGAGGGAGACAGGAUUUAGAAAUUCAAGGUCCUCGACUUAACAACACAAAAGAAGAGAAAACGUCCAUUAAAUACGGUCCAGAUCGACGUUUAGAUCCUAUAAUCACUGAGGAAAUGCCACUACUGGAGGUGUUCUUUAUACAUUUUCCUACAGGGCUCCUCUGUGGAGAAAUCCGAAAAGCAUAUGUAGAAUUUGUCAAUGUCAGCAAAUGUCCUCUUACUGGAUUGAAGGUUGUUUCUAAACGUCCAGAGUUCUUUACUUUUGGUGGUAAUACUGCUGUUCUAACACCACUAAGUCCCUCAGCUUCUGAGAACUGUAGUGCUUACAAGACUGUUGUGACAGAUUCUACCUCUGUGUGUACAGCACUCACAUCAUCAGCUUCUUCUGUUGACUUUGGCAUUGGCAUAGGAAGUCAACCAGAGGUGAUUCCUGUUCCUCUUCCUGACACUGUUCUUCUACCUGGAGCUUCAGUCCAGCUACCAAUGUGGUUACGGGGACCGGAUGAAGAAGGUGUCCAUGAAAUUAACUUUUUGUUUUACUAUGAAAGUGUUAAAAGGCAACCCAGAAUACGUCACAGAAUAUUAAGACACACUGCAGUUAUUUGUACUAGCCGAUCUUUGAAUGUACGAGCCACUGUCUGCAGAAGUAAUUCUCUUGAAGAUGAGGAAGGCAGAGGAGGCAAUAUGUUAGUUUUUGUAGAUGUGGAGAAUAUCAAUACUAGUGAAGCAGGUGUUAAGGAAUUCCAUAUUGUACAAGUGUCAAGUAGUAGCAAACACUGGAAGUUACAGAGAUCUGUAAAUCUCUCUGAAAACAAAGAUGCCAAACUUGCCAGUAGGGAGAAGGGAAAGUUUUGUUUCAAGGCAGUAAGAUGUAAGGAAAAAGAAGCUGCUACACAGUCCUCAGAAAAAUAUACCUUUGCAGAUAUCAUCUUUGGAAAUGAACAGAUAGUGAGUUCAGCAAGCCCAUGUGCAGACUUCUUUUAUCAAAGUUUAUCCUCUGAAUUGAAAAAACCACAAGCCCAGCCUUCUGUACAUUCAGAAAAACAGUCAUUAGAGGAUGCAGUGCGAUUGAUUCAAAAGUGCAGUGAGGUGGAUUUGAAUAUUGUCGUAUUAUGGAAGGCGUAUGUCGUGGAAGACAGUAAACAGCUUAUUUUGGAAGGUCAGCAUCAUGUUAUUCUUCGCACUAUAGGAAAAGAAGCCUUUUCAUAUCCUCAGAAACAGGAACCGCCAGAAAUGGAACUGUUAAAAUUUGUCAGGCCAGAAAACACUACAGUUUCCUCAAGACCAUCAGUAGAGCAGCUGUCUAGUCUCAUUAAAACGAGUCUUCACUAUCCAGAAUCAUUUAAUCAUCCAUUUCAUCUAAAAAGCCUUUGUUUAGUACCAGUCACCCUUUUACUUUCCAAUUGUUCUAAAACUGAUGUGGAUGUAAUAGUUGAUCUUCGGCAUAAAACAACAAGUCCAGAAGCAUUGGAAAUCCAUGGAUCAUUCACAUGGCUUGGACAAACACAAUAUAAACUUCAGCUUAAAAGCCAGGAGAUUCGCAGUUUGCAGCUGAAAGCAUGCUUUGUUCACACAGGUGUUUAUAACCUUGGAACUCCUAGGGUAUUUGCUAAGUUAUCGGACCAAGUUACGGUGUUUGAAACAAGUCAGCAGAACUCCAUGCCUGCCCUGAUCAUCAUCAGUAAUGUGUGACGACUUAAAAAUUUGUACUGAAAACAUAAGACUCAGUUUUAUUUUGUGGAAUGGGUUUACAGCAGUAUUUGAAAUACCUAACUUGUUAUGGAGGUUGUUGUCAGGUUACUCAAAAUACUUGUCAAUUUUUUGGUGAUGCAAAGCACGUUGGACUGAGAAUACUUAUAUUCUUCUUUAAACCCUGGUACUAAUUCACACGCUCAUAAUACAGAAUUUCAGCGUAUCUGUGCACCUUAUUAGGCCACAUCUUAAAAAUGUCUAAGUCUGCUGUUACAGGUUAUUGAUGGUAUAUGAAUAUUAGGAGAUGAUUUUGAGGAAGGAAAGACCUUGUUGGCAAUACUCUUUUUAAGCCAGUCUAUAAAUUCCAGCUUUACUGUGAAGUUCUGUAGAGUGUUAAAUACAAAUUUUCCUGUCUUGCUUCACAUAAUUCUCUAAAAUCAGUUUUGAACUUUGGUUAUAGAGUCUUCAUAUUUCAGUAUCUGGUGGUCCCUAUGGCUUAUAUAUAACUUUGUAAAAAGAAAAAUAAAAGUUUUUUCUUAUGCUUUGAGUAUACUUCUGAAAGGAGUUUGACUUUUUUCCCUCAUUCAUCUCAGUAUAGAGUGCACUAUUUCACAACAUGAGAUUUUUUUGUCAUUUAAACUAUCAUAUUCUUUAUUAUGUAACUUUAACAAUUGAGUUGAUCUGUUUAAAAUAUAAAUCUACUCAAGGUAAUUAAAAAUAAGCUUUUCACAAAUGUAUUAUAUUUAUAACAAAUGUACUGUAAAUAGAAUAAAGACAUGAUAUUCACUGUA